GUACAAGAACAUUAAAGGAAUUUAUAACUUAAACUGAGGUCAAAUAAAAACCCUGACGAGAUGAAUUUGCCUCACGUUUUGUAGUAGUUGAUGCGGAGAUGACGUUACGAGGAGGGGCUGUGUGUGGAAGAGAGCCUUCGGCAGGGUAGAUUCUUCAGACACAUAACACAGGACGAUACGAGCAGAGAACACACGGACUGAAUCGGGUUGUAUUACCAUCAACAGACAGUAUAAAAACGUUCAAAAUUGAUUGGAAUAGGAAUUACCCGCCUUUCUUCUUGCCAGUCCUCAUGGAGAAACAUAAAGUGUUGGAUCAGAUGCUUGCAGAACUGGAGGAAUUUUUAAAGAUCCUGGAUAAGGAAACCCUUAGCAGCACUGCUAUCAUGAGGAAGUGUCUUCUCUCAGAACUGCUGCAGUCAUACAUGAAAUCUGCCGGUUGUGAUGAGGAGUACAUCUGCAUGAACAAGGUAGUCAUCAGCGGCCAGAAUCAAGAACAGCUCGUAUUUGAAAGAGAUGAUCACAGCAACUUCUUAACCAAUGGGAGUUUAGGAAAACAUUCACCAGCGCCUCAGAAGAGCCUACCUGAUCUUCCUCGUCCAAGACCAUGUUCAGACAGGGAGCCUCUUCCAGCACCCAAGCUGGAGUCCCCCGAGGGGUACUAUGAAGAAGCACAGCCGUAUGACACAGCUAUCAAUGAGGAUGGUGAAGCUGUCAGCAGCUCCUAUGAAUCAUAUGAUGAAGAAGAGAUGACCAAAGGGAAGUCCACCACGCAUCAGUGGCCAUCCUCUGAGGCCUCCAUUGAGCUCAUGAAGGACGUCCGCAUCUGUGCCUUCCUUUGGAGGAAGAAGUGGCUGGGCCAGUGGGCCAAACAACUGUGUGUCAUCAGGGAAAACAGACUGCUGUGUUACAAGAGCUCGAAGGACCAGAGUCCUCAGCUAGCUGUGUCUCUGGUUGGCUGCAGUGUUGUUUACAAAGAGAAACAAGUCAAGAAGAAAGAGCACAAACUGAAAAUCAUUCCCAAUACUGGAGACGUGAUCGUCCUGGGGCUUCAAAGCAAGGAGCAGACUGAACAAUGGCUUAAGGUGAUUCAGGAGAUCACCGCAAAACAAUCAGAAAUUCCUGACGGAUCCCAUUACACCUCAGAUUCACCGCACCUCAGAUGCACCAAAGUUGAGGUACAUGAGAGACAUUCAAUAGCAUCGGAGAGUGGAAGCAGCACGGACACGGCAGAAACCCCUGAGAUAAAAGAUGUUAAGAAAAAGUACGGAGCAGGACUGAAACUCAGUAAUUUCAUGAACAUCGGGAAAAAGAAAUGCAGCUCUUUGGACAGUCCAGAGAAAUGUGUCGACACGUCUGGUUACAUGAAUGUGCUUGUGAACAGCCAGUGGAGGACGCGAUGGUGUCUGAUCAAGAACGGACAACUUUACUUCUAUCAGGACAAGAGUAAAAACAAAGCCGCCCACCAGCCGCUGUCCCUGGAGGGGUGUGUGGUGGUGCCAGACCCGAGUCCAGAGCACUUGUACUCCUUCAGGAUACUGCACAAGGGGGAGCAGAGGGCUACGCUCGAGGCGAAGUCUUCCGAUGAGAUGGGUCACUGGCUGGGUCUGUUAUUAGCAGAGUCUGGAUCCAAAACGGAUCCUGAGGAGCUUACUUACGAUUACGUCGACUCAGAGAGGAUAUCAUGCAUCGUCAACGCCGCUAAGAACUCUUUGAACCUCAUGCAGAGGAAAUACUCAGAGCCCAACACAUACACAGAUAACCUGCCUGCCAUUCAGAACGAUCCUGAUGACAUUUACGAUGAUGUGGAUGUGCCCGAACACACGCAAGAGAAUGCUGCGGACUCCUGGAGCCCUGAGCAGGAGAUGGACAGAGUUUACCUGGACCUGAUCCCAGUCAAGUCCUUCCUUCACACCUCCCCCAACUGGCCCUCUCCUGGGAGCUCCCCUGUCCUGGGGAGAGCCUUUUGCCAAGCUGUGGACUCGGAGAGGGAGGGGGACAGCCAACCUCUGGAAGGACCCAGCAAGGCAUUUCAACAGACUGAUUCUGAGAUAUCACCAGCAAGGACCAAUAAUAAAACUCAGACAUCUACACCAGAAAUGGAUGUUGAUGAGGCCUCUCCAAAGACCACAAUUAAAAUCCAAUCCCAGCACCAGAAAACCUUCUUCCCCACUAAUGACCCACAGAGGAAGAGCACAGCCAGUCCACAAGCAGUGAGAGUGACCUCUGAGUCCCCAGACAAACCCAAGCUCCCAGCAGCAGGAUCACUAGAGACCAGACUGGGGAAGGGUCGGACUGAAGCAGAGAUCCGUCGCUUCACCGACGAGAGGGACAGGCUAGAGAGGGAGAAGGAGCAGAUCCGCAGCAGCCUGGCCCUGCUGCGCAAACACAAGCGAGAGCUCAAAGAAGACAUCAGCAGCUCUAAAGAUGCAGGCAGGCUAGCUGCUCUGGAGAGCAUGCUGAGAGACAUCGAGGAGGGCUGUAAGCAGAAAGAGAGGCAGCGAGUGGACCUUGAACUGAACCUGAUGGAAGUAAAAGAAAGCCUAAAGAAAGCAGAAUCAGGGCCAGUAACGUUGGGGACAGCGGUGGACAGCAGCCUUUUAGAAACAGCAAGAUUACCAGAGGCAAAAGCAGCUACAUAUACAGCACCAGCAACAGCAAACAAUGAAGUUUCACCAGUUAUCAGUGCAACAAAUUUAAAGAACAUACCCUUAUCAAUCAUGGCAGCAAACAAGGGGAAUGUCUUACAGAAAGCAAAGGAAUGGGAGAAGAAGGCCAAUAGUUAGAAAUCACCAUCCCCUAUACGGGCUGUAAUACAGACUGGAACCCUGCGGACAGGCUGGCUGGAGAGAGCUGCUCUGGAGAGAUCCACCCUGUAAUACAGAAUGGAACCCUGUGGACAGGCUGGCUGGAGAAAGCUGCUCUGGAGAGAUCUGCCCUGUAAUACAGACUGGAACCCUGCGGACAGGCUGGCUAGAGAGAGCUACUCUGGAGAGAUCUACCCUGUAAUACAGAAUGGAACCCUGUGGACAGGCUGGCUGGAGAAAGCUGCUCUGGAGAGAUCUGGCCUGUAAUACAGACUGGAACCCUGCGGACAGGCUGGCUAGAGAGAGCUGCUCUGGAGAGAUCUACCCUGUAAUACAGACAGGAACCCUGCGGAAAGGCAGGGUGGAGAGAGCUGCUCUGGAGAGAUCUACCCUGUAAUAUGUGGACAUGCUGGCUGGAGAGAGCUGCUCUGGAGACAUCUACCCUGUAAUACAGACUGGAACCCUGCGGACAGGCUGGCUGGAGAGAACUUCUCUGGAGAGAGCUGCCCUGUAAUACAGACUGGAACCCUGUGGACAGGCUGGCUGGAGAGAGCUGCUCUGGAGAGAUCUACCCUGUAAUACAGACUGGAACCCUGCGGACAGGCUGGCUGGAGAGAGCUUCUCUGGAGAGAUCCACCCUGUAAUACAGACUGGAACCCUGCGGACAGGCUGGCUGGAGAGAGCUGCUCUGGAGAGAUCCGCCCUGUAAUACAGACUGGAACCCUGCGGACAGGCUGGCUGGAGAGAGCUGCUCUGGAGAGAUCUACCCUGUAAUACAGACUGGAACCCUGCGGACAGGCUGGCUGGAGAGAGCUGCUCUGGAGAGAUCUACCCUGUAAUACAGACUGGAACCCUGUGGACAGGCUGGAGAAAGCUGCUCUGGAGAGAUCUACCCUGUAAUACAGACUGGAACCCUGCGGACAGGCUGGCUGGAGAGAGCUGCUCUGGAGAGAUCCACCCUGUAAUACAGACUGGAACCCUGCGGACAGGCUGGCUGGAGAGAGCUGCUCUGGAGAGAUCUACCCUGUAAUACAGACUGGAACCCUGUGGACAGGCUGGCUGGAGAGAGCUGCUCUGGAGAGAUCUACCCUGUAAUACAGACUGGAACCCUGCGGACAGGCUGGCUGGAGAGAGCUGCUCUGGAGAGAUCUACCCUGUAAUACAGACUGGAACCCUGCGGACAGGCUGGCUGGAGAGAGCUGCUCUGGAGAGAUCUACCCUGUAAUACAGACUGGAACCCUGCGGACAGGCUGGCUGGAGAGAGCUGCUCUGGAGAGAUCUACCCUGUAAUACAGACUGGAACCCUGCGGACAGGCUGGCUGGAGAAAGCUGCUCUGGAGAGAUCUACCCUGUAAUACAGACUGGAACCCUGCGGACAGGCUGGCUGGAGAGAGCUGCUCUGGAGAGAUCCACCCUGUAAUACAGACUGGAACCCUGCGGACAGGCUGGCUGGAGAGAGCUGCUCUGGAGAGAUCUACCCUGUAAUACAGACUGGAACCCUGCGGACAGGCUGGCUGGAGAGAGCUUCUCUGGAGAGAUCCACCCUGUAAUACAAACUGGAACCCUGCGGACAGGCUGGCUGGAGAGAGAUGCUCUGGAGAGAUCUGCCCUGUAAUACAGACUGGAACCCUGCGGACAGGCUGGCUGGAGAAAGCUGAACUGUGGAAUCCAAAACCUGCAUUAAAAAAAAAAAAAAACAUUCCUUUUACUGUACCACUAAACCAACCCAAGUGACAACCAGCCAAAAUAAUCUUAUUGUUAGUGCUACAGGCCUGUUCUUCUGGACAAGAACUCUAUGUAUGUUUACUGCAGAAAAAACCCCAAACAAAGCAUACUGCUGCAUUAUUUAGGCUGUUUAAGAAUUGAGCGCAUGGAACUACCCAUCGGCUGGCAGGACUUGGGUCAUAGGUACUGUAUGCCCCAUGUUGGCAUCCACAUGGUUCUCUGCUACAGCACGAGACGCAGGUUCUGCAGUUUGUUACAGCAGAGGACUGGGAGGCUGGUGGAACCAUUAUCUUACAGUAUGACUUCACUUUGUGUUGCCUCAUUCUAAAUUCUGUGCACAAGAUUCAUUGAUGCGCUAGUCCAGGUAGUCAAAGGGUUUGCUUAUUUAUUUGACUCUUUAUUGUACUCUGUCUUUCAAGGCUGCCAGCUUUGCUAGGUAUUUAGUACUUUUGGAAAUGUGUCACUGUGGUUGUGUUAUUCGCACAGUAGGAAAUGUCUUUAGUUUAUUUAAAGAAUAUUUUAUAAUGAUCCCGAGACCAGAAGGUAUCAAGCCCCAUCGAAUAAAAAUGUACAGCUUGAAAGUAUUUUGUAAUUGUUGGGGAAGGUUUGAGGUCAUGAGUUCAGGUAAUCUUGGUGAUAUCCAGGAGCACUUAGUCCCCUUUGUGCUAAGAUCUUUUUUUUAGAUCUUUUUUUGAUUUUGUAAAAAAAAAUUAAUUGCAGUGUUAGAAAUCUACAACAUGCAAAAAAUAAAAUAAAAUAAAAAACACAAGUAAACAGACAUGUGGAGUAAAGGUAUUUCUUUGUGUACAAAUGUACAUUUGCUCAAAAGGUUGUAGUUUUGCCUCAACACGAACAGCUGUUAAGAGUAGAAGCAGGAUAGGUUGUGUUACGUGUGAGAAGUGUGGAACCGGAUAUUGAAUACAGAAUCAGGAACCCAGCCCUUCAGAAGACAGAGGGACAGUGGUGGUCCACUAUGAAAGGCGAUAUAUAAAAUUAAGAUUGAUUGACUGAUUGAUUGAUUGAAUGUUAACUUAAACACUGGUGUAUUUGUCGUUUUAUUUUAAUAAUCUGCAGUUGAAGAUAAAUGUUGGCCUGGAAAAAAAUCAAUCGUUUCUAUAUGUUUUGAAUCAGAACUAAAAUAUUUAAUAAAAAUAUUGCAUGCAUUAGCCAUCUCGCUUUCUCCAAAGAAGGUCUGCUCUGGAACUAUAUGAGCACAAUGUAGAUUUUAUAUGUAUGUAUUUUAUGUAUGUCUUCAGCAAGGUUGUAAAUAAGCUCAUCUAUAGUUUAAACAAUUACUUUGAGAUGUUGAUGUGUACCAGUUACACCAGUAGAUUUAUUCCAAUAAGUGUAUAAAUGAAAAACUGCACAUUUGGCUUACUUAAUAUGUCACGCCAUGGGAGGGGGUGAGGUGGGUAUCGUUUUCCUAAUUUAUAUACUAAGGGGUUGAUUUGAUUUGAUUGACCAAUACCCCUACAGGAUAAACCACCCCUCGGGCACUGGCUGGAGAAUCCCACUGACUUCAUCAACACCCCAUUCCAGGGGGAUUCCCCAGUGCUCUAAAACACUUCAGUAGAAUCCAGCUGUGGCUUAUUCUAGCGGGUGAUAUGUGUGAUAACACAGCAGAACACAUGAUGACAAAAACAUGUAUUGCUGUAAAACACGAUUGCAGUAAAGUAAAAAAGCAAAGAGUUUGCUGGCAACAACAUUACUUGACAUGAUAAGGCAGUCGACACAGAACAAUA